GGUACUUAAGUCAAUUUACUAAAAUAGACUUUACGAAGCAUGAACCCAUCCAUAAAAAGCAACGUAUCGCUCGUUAGCAACAAACCCAAAUCCAAAAGCUGCAAAAAAAAAAAAAAAAGCUUUUCUCUGCUUUCAUGGCGACUUCUCAUCUUAACCUCUUCCUUCUCUUCCUCCUCACUACUCCCUCCAGCGUCUGCCAGCAAAUCAACGACGACUCCUCCCUCCUCCUCCCCCCAUCGGAACAAGAAGCCGUCUACCGAGUCCUCAACUCAGUCAACUCAGCCAUCCCGUGGCGAACCAUCUUCCCCGACGACCUCUGCGCCUCCCCACCAGACGGCGUCGUAUGCGACUACUACCCCGACGACGCUACCACCACCACGUCUGUCCACGUCACCGAGCUGCACUUGGGGUACGUCUCGGACUACACGCAGAACCCUCCUUGCUCUCCCAACGCCACCCUCGACCCUCUCCUCUUCGCUUCUUCUUUCAAACGCCUCCGCAAGCUCUUCUUCUACAAAUGCUUCACCGGAGCUCCCGCCUCGCUCCCGGAGACCAUCCCGGAGGAUUUCGGCUCCGACCUGGAAGAGCUCGUCUUCAUCGAGAACCCCUCUCUCUCCGGCGACAUCGCCGUCUUGAGCGGUAACUUCACAAAGCUCAGAAGACUAGUCCUCACCGGAAACGGGUUCCACGGCUCGAUUCCAAACCGGAUCUCCGGUUUAGUCAGUCUACAAGAGAUAACCCUCUCUCGAAACAGCUUAACCGGAGGCUUUCCUGCCACGUCACGUCUCAAGAACCUCAAAGUCCUCGACUUUAGCCAUAACCUCCUCACCGGAAACGUCCCCGAAACCAUCGGAGAAUCAACCGAGCUUCUCAAGCUUGACCUAAGCUACAACGCCUUCUCCGGCGAGAUCCCUCCCGGACUCGGAAACUUAAAAAAGCUCGAGUUUUUGGAUCUGAGCUACAACCGUUUCGGAAACCACGGCGUCCCUCUGUUCCUAGCCGAGAUGCGGAGUCUCAAAGAGGUUUAUCUGAGCGGGAACCUCCUCGGGGGUCGCAUCCCGGAGGAGAUUUGGAAGAGCCUCGAGGGUAUUUCGGGAAUCGGGUUUUCGAGGAUGGGUCUACGCGGGAACAUCCCGGCUUCGAUGGGGUCGAGUCUUAAAAGCCUUUGGUAUCUUGCGCUUGACAACAACAACCUCGAGGGGCGGAUACCUUUGGAGUUUGGUCUUUUGGAAUCUGCUCGCGAGAUCAACCUCGAGAACAACAAUCUCACCGGUGAGGCUCCCUUCUCCGACGGUUUUAGAGAUAGGGUCGGGAAGAAGCUUAAGCUGAGCGGGAACCCGCAUCUCGUUUUGGUUAAAGAGUCGGAUCCUCCUCCUCUAGCCGGACCGGUUAUCUCUUCGUCGGUAUCGAGGGCUUUGCCGUCGGUUUGCUUCCCAAUGGUUUUUAUGGUUCUUUGCGUUUUGAUAAAACAGUGAAAACAGAGAGAAGGAGAAGGAAACAGAAACAGAUUAGUGAUAAAAAAGUUAAUUAUGCGUUUGACCUUUUUGAUUAGUGGUAAAGUUUUAGUUUUUUGGUUGUAAUUAUUAGUCUACGGCGUAAUGAAUUUUAUCUUCGCUAUUAUAAAAUCAAAAGUCUCGAUCUUUUUUUGUCUUUCAAACAU